CCAAGAUGGCGGACGAAGACGAGGUCAAGGCAGCUAAGAAACGAAAGCAUAAAGAUAAGCUCAAAAAGAAAAACAAAAAGCCCAAAGAGAGCCAAAGAAAUAAGAGUGUUCAAGACGAAGCAGACACGCUUGAAACGAAAUCAAAUGGAAAUCAARAUGUACAUGAAGAGAAAAAUCAGAAGAAAGGCAGGGAUUUUACAGUCAGUAUUGCUUUACCUGGAUCAAUCUUAGAAAAUGCUCAAUCACCAGAGCUUAGAACCUACCUUGCAGGACAGAUUGCUCGAGCUCUGGUCAUAUUUAACGUAGAUGAAGUGAUCAUCUUUGAUGAAUCCAACAAAUCCAUAAAUGAAGAUAAUGGCUUCCAAGGUGUUGGCAAGAAAGGAAAUGCUAACGUUCAGCUUGCGAGAAUUCUCCAGUACCUUGAAUGUCCUCAGUACCUUAGAAAAUCCUUCUUUCCUAAACAUGUUGAUCUUCAGUAUGCAGGAGUUUUAAACCCUCUUGACAGUCCUCAUCACAUGCGCAUGGAUGACAGCGUUUUGUACAGAGAGGGUGUGGUCUUGGACAGGCCAGUUAACCAGUGGAAGGGGUCAUUARUCAAUGCAGGAACAAGAAAAGAGGUCAGAAUUGACAAGUGUCUUCAACCUGGGUUAAGAGUUACUGUGAAGAUGAUGCCGACUACAAAACAAGAUCCAAAAAUCUUACCAGGAGUCGUUGUCUCGCCAAGCACACCAAGAACAGAAGCAGGCAUAUACUGGGGUUAUUCUGUGAGGCUUGCGUCUAGCUUCGGAGCUGUUUUCACCCAGGGUCCUUAUGCUGAAGGUUAUGAUAUAAUGGUCGGGACAUCUGAGAGAGGAAGCUUGGUAGAUUCCCUUGAAUUUAAACCAUUUAAGCACAUGUUAGUGGUAUUUGGAGGUCUUAAAGGACUAGAAGCCAGUCUAGAAUCAGAUGAAAGUCUUGGAGUAUCAGACCCAAGUCUCUUAUUUCACCAUUACAUCAACACCUGCCCUGGACAAGGAAGCCGCACAAUACGAACUGAAGAAGCGAUACUCAUAACUAUGGCUGCUUUGAGACCUAUCAUUGAAAGGACUAUGGACUGGACUUAUAUAGAUCACAAUAUAGACACCCUGAGUGUCGGCAGCCAAGUAUAAUGCUUGGUCAUGUGACCACAACAACUUGUGGUAUUGUAAGGAGUGCCUAAUGUCUUUAAAGACUACAACUGUUUUUCAGGAGCUGGUUGCCCAAGGGUUGGAUAAAGUUGUCCAACAGAUAAUAGUCUCUAGUGUAUAGUAUUUGAAUGUACAGGUUUCAACUACUAGAUAAGAAUUUAUCUGGGCCAGGUUGUACCAAGGAUAGAUAGCACUAUCUGUCAAAYAAAUCCUCAUCCAGUAGAUGAAGUGUUUUGUACCUUGGUUAGCGCUAUCUGCCCUUCGUAUAUAUAGCGCUAUUCAGCCUCUGUGCAACUGGCCCCAGAUGAAUGAUAUUUUACUGUGCAAGAUACUGCAGUGGUGCACAGACCAGUUCCAAGUUUGCAAAUACCAAAUUUGCAGCUGUGAGUUUUAUAUUAUAAUGACAGAAGCAUCGAUACAAGGUUAUCCUUGAAACAUUGUAAUUUAUGCACUAAAUAUUAUACCCAAAGGAAUCCAAAAUACCAAAUGUAAUCACUUGAUCUUAUCUUUAUUAAUUUGCGAUUGAUGAUAUCAGUUGAGAACAAAUAAGUAGUGGUUAUCCAUAAUAAGAUAAAUAGCCAUUGAUAAUAUCCUAAUAAAUAAUUACUUUCACUUUUUAAUUUAAAGUGAAAAUGCAUUAUACUCUUAGGUGUUUUCCGAUAAUAAAUAAAUAU